CGGAGACACUGCCCUGUGGGAGGAGUGGCACGUGUUUUGGUUUCACUCAGCCAGUGCAUUAGACUUCCAGGCAGAUAGGUUCGGGAUCUUAGCCUAAUGAAAUCAGCUUUAUUCUCGCUGUUGGAGCUAUAGUAAAAUCCCGUGGUGUCGCACACAGCUGUUAUUAGGAUUUUGGGUGAUUCCAUGGUGCACCAGCAGUGUGGAUAGCACUGCCAGGCAGCGCGUAAAGGCUCCAGGAUGACACCAUUAGACGGACAUCAAGCGGAGGAACGGGACUCGCAGAGCCAGGAGGACUCAGAGUGUCCCGUGUGUUAUGAAAGUCUCUCCGGCACGGAGAGGACCCUGAGCUGCGGACACGUUUUCUGCCACGACUGUCUGGUCAAAACCUUGGUCAGUAUCAACAGGGACGGCGUCAUCAGAGACACCAUCAUCUGUCCCGUCUGCCGACACCUGACUUUCAUCAAGAAGCAACAGGAGGUUGGGGUUCCUCUCGCCCCGGGGAAAGAGGCCGAGGAAGGAGGCGGGCAGACCUUGAAGGUUCCUGUCCCUCCACCAGCACCUGGUAACCCACAGCAUCACCAUGAAGCACGACGCGCGUCAGGGCAUAGUAGCUCAUCGUCUGAUUCAAGUGGACUGAGCUGGAUUGUGAGACGUUUUAGGUGGAUUUCAGAGAGAUGCAGGAGUCGACGGAUACUGUCACUGAUCACUCCCGACCACAGAAACUCUCAGAUUUUCAUCAUCAGUGCCCAGGGCCGACCCAUGGCUGAUGAAGAUGCGGUGAGCCUGGACACUAUGCCUGUUGUUCUCCAACCCAACCGCAGGAGACGGCGCGUCAAGAUUUGUACAACAGCACGUUGCUUGGUCGUUCUGCUUGUGAUAUUCACAUUGAUGGCAAUGGUAGCUGCCACACUUCCUUGGAUUAUAUUGGCAUAGUCCACAAAGCCAGAGCCAUAUGGCUCUAGCAUAUGCAUGGUGCGUCAUUGCGCACUACGUGAUCGUCAUCACUAUGUCUUGUUAUUGUAUGGUCAUUUUCUCUUCUCUCAUGCUCUCAUGAAGACAAUGUAUUGCACUUAAUUAACUGAAACGUGUCACUUUGUCCAUUCUGUCAAUAUAUAUAUAUAUAUAUAUAUAUUGUAGUGCCAUAUAGUUUGAACUUGUCCAGUGUGUUCCUUGUGUUCCUGUUUGUACUCAAUGCUCUGGACAGGAUCUCAUUAAGUCACUGAAGGAAACAGGGCUGGUUCAGUCACUGGUGUCUGCAAAGAAAGUGAUAGUUUAUGGAAUGACUGAGAGGAAAAGGCAUUGUCUUAUUUCCUACAUUUAUACACUUUCUGAUGGUGGUUUGGUUAAUAAUGGUUGAAAUAUUGGUCCCAAGAUCAAAAGAAGAAGAGGUCCCUGUGAACAUGCCUCCAUAUUCACCCCAUUACCAUGGUAACUACCGAUGCUCACCAUAUAACUGCCCCAUAUGUUGUUGGCAACAAGUCCUCAAUAAAGAAUGGUGAGGGUUGCAAUCCCAGCACCUCUCAUGGAGACCAUUGUCGUGUGUUUCUGGUUGUAAGUUGUUUUACCUGUUUAAUGAGAACUUCAGUGACAUUUACAAGGACAGGCUACAGUGACUUCAUUAGAAGGACUAGAUAACCAACACAUCAUGUGCCAAAAUAUUUUUUAUGUCCUACCGGCACGUGGUACAUUCUGACAAUGCAAACAGAGAAAGGGAGACAGAAACAGAGACUGACACAGAGACACAUGAGAGGCACCGAGACAGAAAGAGACACCAAGACACAGAGAGAAAGUGCACUAUCAAAUGCCUUCAGUAUCCUCGGCAAAUAAUUCAUGUGAGUCCCUGGCAGGUUGAAGGAGCAGGACCGACUUGCAGGUGAAGAUGAGCAUGGGUCGGGGAUUGAUUGCUGUAAAGAGAGACUUGGGGCACGGGAACACUGAGGUGUUGUCUUACAACUGACACCACAUAGAGGCCCUGCUAUACCAACACCAGGGAGAGAGAGUUAGCUCUGCUUUCUCUAUUGUGAAGGGAACAACGUCUACAGUUUAUAAUGGACAAGGAAUGUACAGCAUUGGAGGAUCUGAUACAGGGCCAAUAUAGUUGUGUAGGCUACAUGGUGAACAUGAGAGGACAGUCAAGUGUUACAGAGCCACUUACAGUAAAGUGUUACAGAGAAACGUACAGUCAAAUGUUAACUAGUUUAUUAUGUCAGGAACAAGGUUUCUGGAAUGUGCUUUAUCAACGUCUCCAUCCUCCAUGUGUUCUCUCUUUCCUCUGCUUGUCUAGUUGUUCCUGUUUAACUGGUUGGUUAGCAACCAACCAACCGCCUCAGCUGUU